CGAAACGUCGAACGGUGCUGAUCAUAAAAACAAGAAAAAAAUAUAAACAGAGAGAGAGAGAGCAUAAAGCUGUGCUUUUACCGUUUGUGUGUGUGUUAUUUGUGUCUGCUCUCUCACGCUGGCUAUCACUCCCGCUCUCUCGCUCUUGAAAAAAGCAACACGUGGGCGGCAUAACGUUUUAUAAAGAAAAAUAACAAAACAUAGGCCAAAAACGUGAUUAAAAUAUUUCGUUAAAUAUUUUUUGUUAAAAAAAACUACAAAAAAAUGUCACAGCGCGUCUUGGUUAUCGGUAGUGGAGGACGGGAACAUGCCAUUUGCUGGAAAUUAUCGCAAUCGAAGGCGGUAUCUCGUAUUUAUGCUUUACCCGGCAGCUUUGGCAUUGGCCAAGUGGAAAAAUGUGAAAAUUUAAUUGCCAAAAUAUUGGAUCCAAAGGAUUUUGAGGGCAUAGCCAAGUGGAGCAAGCUCAAUGAUAUAUCUCUGGUUAUUGUUGGACCUGAAGAUCCUUUAGCUUUGGGCCUUGGUGAUGUUUUACAAAAGGCGGGCAUUCCAUGUUUCGGCCCCGGCAAACAGGGAGCUCAAAUUGAAGCCGAUAAAAAAUGGGCCAAGGACUUUAUGUUGCGUCAUGGUAUACCAACGGCACGCUACGAAAGUUUUACGGAUACGGAAAAAGCUAAAGCAUUUAUAAGAAGUGCUCCAUAUCAGGCAUUGGUGGUUAAAGCUGCUGGCUUGGCGGCUGGUAAAGGUGUUGUGGUUGCUGCCAAUAUAGAGGAAGCAUGCCAGGCAGUUGACGAGAUAUUGGGACAACUAAAGUAUGGUCAGGCCGGGGCUACUUUGGUGGUGGAAGAACUGCUAGAGGGUGAAGAAAUAUCCGUAUUGGCCUUCACAGAUGGUAAGAGUGUGCAAGCCAUGCUACCAGCACAGGAUCAUAAGCGUUUGGCCGAUGGUGAUAAUGGACCCAAUACCGGAGGAAUGGGUGCCUAUUGUCCAUGUCCGUUGAUAAGUCAACCAGCUUUGGAUUUGGUCCAAAGAGCUGUACUCGAGCGAGCUGUCCAGGGCUUGACAAAGGAACGAAUCUCAUAUCAAGGUGUACUCUAUGCGGGUCUCAUGCUGACACGCGAUGGACCGCGCGUAUUGGAAUUCAAUUGCCGCUUUGGUGAUCCGGAAACGCAAGUGAUACUCCCCUUGUUGGACUCUGAUCUCUUUGAGGUCAUGCAGGCAUGUUGUACGGGUGAAUUGGAUAAAUUAACUUUACAAUGGCGAAACGGUGUCAAUGCUGUUGGUGUCAUUCUCGCCAGUGCCGGCUAUCCAGAGACAUCGACCAAGGGUUGUCAGAUUACUGGUCUCCCAACUGCCAAUACUUCAACUCAAUUGGUUUUCCAUAGCGGUCUCUCGGUUAAUGCCCAGAAUGAACCUCAGACCAAUGGUGGUCGUGUCCUGAUUGCAAUUGCUUUGGACUCAAGUCUAAAGGUGGCAGCAAGUCAAGCCACCAAAUUGGCGGCGAGCAUUAAAUUUUCUGGAGCUGGUGCACAAUAUCGUACGGAUAUUGCCCAAAAGGCUUUCAAAAUGGCCUUGGCUUCGGCUCCCUCGCUAAGCUAUAAGGACAGCGGUGUCGAUAUUGAUGCUGGCGAUGCCUUGGUUCAACGUAUUAAACCCUUAUCCCGUGGCACUCAACGUCCCGGGGUAUUGGGCGGCUUGGGUGGCUUUGGUGGUCUGUUUCGUCUAAAGGAACUUGCCUACAAGGAACCAGUGAUUGCUGAAGUUACCCAAGGAGUGGGCGCAAAAAUUCAAUUGGCCUUACAGCAUGAACUCUAUGAGAAUGUUGGCUAUGAUCUAUUUGCCACAUGUGCCAAUGAUCUGCUUGAGCUCGGAGCCGAACCGGUUGCAUUUCUGGAUUAUAUAGCUUGCGGCAAGUUGCAAGUACCCUUGGCAGCGCAAUUUAUUAAGGGCAUGGCUGAUGGUUGUCGUGAUGCACGUUGCGCCUUAGUUGGUGGCGAAACUGCUGAAAUGCCUUCAUUGUAUACACAAGGACAACACGAUAUGGCCGGCUAUUGUGUGGGUGUUGUGGAAUCAUCUAAAAUUUUGCCACGCUUUGAUCUCUAUCAACCAGGAGAUUUGGUUGUUGGACUGCCAGCCUCGGGUCUACAUUGUGCUGACUUUAAUGACCUACUCACCCAAUUGAAGGCUGCUAAAAUUGAUCUAAAGCAACGUUCACCCGUCGAAGGUGGGGCUGAUGGCUUGAGUUUGGCUCAGGUUUUGGCCACACCUACACAAGUUUAUGUGCAACAAUUGCUGCCACAUUUACAGGCCGGAAACGAGAUAAAGGCUUUGGUGCAUAUAACCCAUGGCCUACUUAACGAUGUGCGUCGUCUAUUGCCCGCUGGUUAUGAGCUAACAUUAGACUUUGGAGCUGUACCCAUACCACAAAUAUUUGCUUGGUUGGCUGGACAAUUGAAAUGGAGUGCUCAAGCAUUGCUUGAGAAUCAUAAUUGUGGCAUUGGAAUGGUUGUGGUUCUGCCACGGAGUAGUCAACUGUGGCGCACAUCAUUGCCAGGGGCAAAAGUCCUGGGCGUACUACAUCGUUCUCAGACAGAAACUUCAAUUCUGCAAGUGCGCAACUUUGAAGAUCAAUUGGAACGUUUGGCAAAACCAUUUGGAGGUCUGGGUCAGGGGGAAAGAAAGCUUACACCAGAAUUGAUGGAAAUUCCCGUAAAAGAUCUUGAUAUACCCGUACGUUCGGAUUGUUUCACAAAUUUGACGGGACGUCGCUUGACACGGAUUCCUGCGCAAUACAAGGAUCCCAUACUUAUACUUGGCACCGAUGGUGUUGGUACGAAAUUGAAAAUUGCCCAACAAACUGGACGAAAUGGUAGUGUUGGCAUCGAUCUGGUGGCCAUGUGUGUCAAUGAUAUACUCUGCAAUGGCGCUGAACCCUUUAGCUUCUCCAGCUAUUAUGCAUGCGGCAAAUGGGAUGAGAAACUGGCCAUAGAAGUGACAAAUGGUGUUCUAGAGGGCACAAGGCAAGCGAACAGUAGUUUUAUAGUUUCCCAUAAUGCCGCUCUACCAUUGCUUUAUGAGCCACAAGUCUAUGAUUUGGCUGGUUUUGCUCUAGGCAUAGCAGAACGUUCUGGUAUUCUGCCACGUCUGGAGGAUAUCCAGCCACGUGAUAUACUUAUUGGAUUGCCGUCGUCGGGAGUGCAUAGCAACGGCUUCAGUUUGGUUCAUGCCGUCCUAAAGCGUGUUGGCCUCACCGUCGACGAUCCAUCGCCUUUCAGUCAAAAGACAUUGGGGGAAGAGCUCUUGGUGCCUACAAAAAUUUAUGUCAAAGCUUUGUCCACACUUUUGGCCAGACCUAAUCAUGGUAUCAAGGCAUUGGCUCAUAUAACAGGCGGUGGCCUUAGUGAGAAUAUACCAAGAGUUUUACGCAAGGAAUUGGCUGUACGCUUGGAUGCGAAUCGUUAUCAAUUGCCUCCAGUUUUUGCCUGGUUGGCGAAAGCUGGAAAUAUCACACCCACAGAAUUGCAAAGGACCUAUAAUUGUGGAUUGGGCUUAAUUUUGGUGGUCAAUAACACGGACACGAUGAAUGUGCUAAACGAAUUGCGUUAUCCUCAACGUGCAGUGGUUGUGGGAGAGGUAACUCUGCGCAAAGAUCCAAAGAAACCACAGGUUUAUGUUGAGAAUUUCGAAGCCGCUUUGGCCAGAACUCAAAAGCUUAUGGCCAAACCCCGACGACGUGUGGCCGUCCUAAUCUCUGGCACUGGCAGUAAUCUUCAGGCCCUCAUUGAUGCCUCACGUGACUCGUCUCAAUGCGUUCAUGCCGAUAUUGUUCUGGUCAUAAGCAAUAAGGCAGGCGUUUUGGGUCUAGAACGAGCCGCCCGCUCUGGUAUUCCCUCGCUGACCAUUUCUCACAAGGAUUUCCCCACUCGAGAGGAUUAUGAUGCUGAACUCACGCGCCAUUUGCAGGCAGCUAAUGUGGAUAUUGUUUGUUUGGCCGGUUUCAUGCGAGUCCUUAGUGUACCCUUUGUUCGCACUUGGCGGGGACGUCUCAUUAACAUUCAUCCAUCUCUGUUGCCCAAAUAUCCGGGGCUAAAUGUUCAAGCUCGGGCCUUGGAGGCGGGUGAAAGAGAAUCCGGUUGCACUGUCCAUUUUGUGGAUGAAGGUGUCGAUACUGGAGCGAUUUUAUUGCAGGCUCCUGUACCCAUUUUACCCAACGACGAUGUCGAUGCAUUGACCCAACGUAUUCAUCAAGCCGAACAUUGGGCCUUCCCGCGUGCAUUGGCUCUGCUGGCCAGUGGCUCCGCACAAUUGGGUCCGGACGGAAAGUGCCUAAGCAAGGACCAAUAACAGAUUUUACAAGCAAUUUAUGUAGGUAUAGAAAGAGUGACUCUUAGAUAACAAAUCUGACUAGGGACUUCUUCAAAAAGCGAAACGAUCAUCUAUUAAUUUAUCAAAAAUCAAAUAAAGAAGAUUUAUAACAUUUGUUUUGAUUAUACUAACUUUGGUCGUGCUGAAGUUUGUACAUAUACCCUUACAUAUAUUAUACAAUUUUUAUUAUAAAUUUGACAACUAUAUUAAAUAUUCAUUUGAUUUUGAUAAAGUAUGAAAGAUGUAUGAAUUUUCCUUGUAAAA